GUCAAAACAGAAAGAGAAGGUUAUUUUAUGUGAUAGUAUAUAAAUACCGGGGACCUCUUUCACUUUUGGUUUUAAGUACAUCGAAUAUUAUUUAAGUUCAACCCCUACGAUGUCACAUCAACAGCGUUUUCAAAAUGAUUUUAUGAAACUCGUAGAGCUGUCUAAAAAUGACAUAUCUUUAAUUACGGUAGAAGCAACAGUAAUUACAGGAUUUGAGAACUUGGCAAUGGAGGAAUGUCAAGAAAAAUGUAAACCAAUUAAUAUUAGUCGUGCCAAGGGCCGCAUAUACUUUAAUAUUCCUGUAGAUAGCUUUUAUAAUGUAUUGAAGUUGAGAUCUGUUGAUAAUGUUUUCUUAAUCAACGAAGCUUUAGGUAAAAUUGACCUUCAUAAAGAUAAGGAGAAAGACUUACGAUUGGUUCAGAGUAUAGUAGAUAAAGUUGAUUGGAAUAGAACCCUUACCACAUGGGCUAAUCUUACUGAGUUUAGAGGUAUUCUUUUCCCUCCUACUGAAGCUUCAAGCAAUCUCUUAGAAGAUUUUUCGAACUUGGAUUUGGAUAACGAAAAUGAUAAUUGUCCUAGAUCAAAUAAUGGCAUUACAAUUAAUAUCAAUUCAGAAAGUAGUCUGGAAAAUGAUGCACCACUUAGUGCUCAUGUACAAAAGGAUUCUAGCAUUAAACCUCAGUAUGAUUUAAGUGACACACCAAUAGUUGAUGUUCAAUUAUGUGGUGGAGAUACUGAACAAGCAGUAAUAAAUGCAGGAUUACCAAAACGUAAGAAUUCCACUUCAAGUGAUGACAGUUUCUAUUCAAUGGAAGAGGUUGAAUGUUCACCUGAUAGCUGUGUAGAAAAAAAUAAAGUUAUUCAAGAGAAAAUAUUAACCAACAGUACUAUAGAUGCUGUGCAAUAUGUUCUUAACAAAGAUGCUCACAAGAAAGUUAACCUUAAGAAAGAAAGCAUUGAUCCCAAUAUUUUGAAAUUCAGAGCCACCUGUAAUAGAACAGGCGAACAUAGUUUUUCAUCUAUGGAGGCUGCUGCUGUAUUUGGUGGGGCAUUGCAAGAUAAGUUCAAUUGGACUGUCAAUCUUGAUAACUUUAACUUAAAUGUGAUCCUCAAUAUAAAUUCAGAUAAAUGCUACAUUUGUUCUGCUAUUACUCCUAAAUCGCUUCAUAGAAGAAAUAUUACUCAUUUCGGUUAUACAACCUUGAGAUCAACGAUGUGCUAUAACAUGAUUCGGCUUGCUCAACCUACUAAAGGAGAAAUAUUAAUUGAUCCUCUUUGUGGAGGAGGGUCGAUAUCCAUCGAGGGAGCAUUGGGUUUCAAAAAUACUUAUCAUUUGUGUGGGGACAAUAAUGAUAAAGCUAUCAAGAGGACGAUUGCCAAUACUAACCAUAUCACUAAGAACCAGCAGCAAUCCCUUCUUGUUGAUCCCCUCAAAUGGAGCGCCAAGACCCUGCCAUUGAGGGACCAAUGUGUCGACGUAUUUGUUACUGAUUUGCCCUUUGGCAAAAGAAGCGGCAAAAGGUCAGAUAACCUAAACCUCUACAAAAAUGUUUUAACCGAAAUGGCGCGUGUGAUACGCUGUGGAACUGGAAGAGCCGUUUUGUUGACUAAUGAUAAAACAUCUCUGACACGGGCUUUGGGAGGAAACAAUAGUAUUUAUUGGAGGCAAAUAAACAGCUUUGGUGUGAACCAAGGAGGUUUAUUUUCAACUGUGUUUUUACUUCUUCGCACUUCCAAGCCAUUUUUGAUUUAAGUAUGAAUUAUAUUUAAUUUAUAUUUUCAUAAAUAUUUAUACUAAACCAAAAAAGUUUGAUGAUAUUUCAGAUGCUUAAGAGUGUUCGAAACUUUUAGUCUAUAUUUUUAUUUAAUUUUUUUUUUUUAUUGUCAUAAAUGUACUUGACCAAUUUUUUUUUAAUUAUAUUUUUCAUACAUGAACGUUUUUUGUAAUAUUUAAAGUAAUAAUUGUAUUUUUAUGUUUAAGUUUUUAAGGUAAUUAUUAUUUUAUAAGGAAAUUAUUUCCUUAAAAAAAUUAAGUUAAUUUUAUUUCAAACCAAACUUUUUUUCUAAUAUAGCAGUGAAAUAUGUUUUAUUAAUAUAUAAGAUUCUUUGUAA